UCAGAUUAAAAUGUCAUAAUAAUCUAACAAUGGAGCGGGCGGGUCGUCGUGCUAAGGCUGGCUCUUUGAGUGGUUUAUCCGCGGGGCUGCCAACUGGCACUCCGUCUGUUCGUCGUCAGAGAUCGCUAGAGUGGGCCGGAGACAGGUACAGCAGCAGUGAUGAGGACCGCCCGCAGAAGCCGCCUCAACUCGACGAUAGAGUUUUCGCUUCACUUCUAGCCCAAGCCACUCAACAAUUUGACAAUGAACAGCGUCGGAUGUAUGGUUCGGAGGAUGGUGAAAACCCUCCGCGAUACAUUAGUAGCCCUCAACGGCAGGCCUCACCGUUUCCCCUCGAAAGCACCAACAGACGCUUCUAUAGACGAAUCAGAAAUUCUAAAGGCGAAGAAAUUUUUAACAACGAAGCUGGUGGUGGCGGUACACUCUCUCGAAGAAGCCGCAGAGCUGAGGAAUUCCAUGAGACUAAUGGAAGGUCAAAUAGAAUCAAUCAUCUAAAUGGCCCAUCCAGCGGUGUUCAGAGCGAGCGAGAUUGCGACAGUCCUCCUGAACCUGCGCCCCCAGAGGUGCCUCCUCGAGGCCCCUCCUUGCACGUCACCUUACGUCAUCGCCCUGCACCCGACCAACCCGCUGAUUCCGAUCGACUUUUUCUGUCUGAAGGUAAUAUAGAUUAUAAUAGACUAGAUUAG